AUGGCCUCCUGUGUACAUAGUUAUCGUCGGAUCCUGGUCAUCUUAUGCACACCAGUUAUACUGGUAUUGUGUCUAUUUGUCUACAUCAUGCUUUCUUUGUGUUUGGCUAUGGCACCACCCAGCUUGCCUAAUGCGGCAGUUGGCAUCUCUUCCCUGGAAAUGAUUAAAGCCAAAGGGUCCUAUAAAAAUGUGGCCCUGGCCUCUCACCGUGAGCAUCCCUACUGGAAACAUAGACUUAACAUAAACACCUUUUGGAACUCAAUGCAGUACGUUAUGGAUCGCCAGCACAACUCCAUCCUACGACGCAGGACUAGGAACCUGGUCACUCUGCAUCUUUUGGAUGACAGCAUAUCAAACUCAACACAGCACCAACUUGGAUGUCAACCAAACUACGCAGUGAUGUGGUCAUUUCUGGGGUUUUUUAAUCUGACACCAGAAAUGCAAAGGUUUGUCCUCUCCAUGCACUGCAGAGACUACCCGUUGCUCAUCGAACCACCAACGGUGUGUGCCAACCAGUCUGCGAUGCUGCUGUUGGCCAUUAAAUCACAAACGAAGAACUUUGAGAAUCGCCAGGCCAUCAGGCAGACGUGGGGGCAUUCGGGGCUGGUGCAAGGACGGGUCGGCAUGGGAGGACUUGUGCAGAGGGUUUUCCUCUUGGCCAAGUCUGCUGUUUUAGAAGAUUCAAAGGAAAUGAUGGACCUGGAGAAGGAGAGCAAAUCAUACGGGGACAUCAUCAUGUGGGACUUUUUGGACACGUUCUUUAACCUGACACUGAAGGACAUCCUGUUCUGGGAGUGGUUCUCUGAGCACUGCCAGAACGCCCGCUUUGUGUUCAAGGGAGACGACGACGUGUUUGUGAGGACCCCUGCUCUCCUGGACUACCUACAGAAAGAGGAAGAGGUCCACUCGGCACCUAACAGCCUGAAGAAAAUUAAGGAUUUUGUUGUAGGGGAUGUCAUCAAACGUGCUAAUCCACUACGUUUAAAAAGCAGUAAGUAUUACAUUCCUGAGAGUUUCUAUAAGGGGAUGUACCCAGCAUAUGCAGGAGGGGGAGGGGUGAUCUACUCUGGCGCUCUGGUCCUCAGGCUUUUCCAGGUGUCCAAGAGAGUCCACCUGUUCCCUAUCGAUGACGUUUAUGUGGGAAUGUGUCUUCAGAGGCUGAGGAUCGUCCCUGUGGAUCAAUCAGGCUUUCUUACUUUUGACUUCUCUCAAGAAGAAGCCAAGAACCCUUGUGCUUACCACACCAUUCUGCUGGUUCACAAACGCAGCCCCAGUGAAGUGCUGAAGCUGUGGUCAGAAACCCUGAUACCAAGUGCUGAAUGCAGCCACACAACACUUCGAUCUAAAGCACUAGGGAAGAAAAGGCAAAAGCCAGAAAAGAUGGCAAAAGAAAAAAUAGAGUUAUCUGAGCUAGACCAAACCAGUAUAAGUUAA